UUUGCAGAAAUUUACUUUUCGCAUUGUCGUCUGCUUCGUUAUAGGGCGCCAUUUCGACGAACGCUCUGCGUGAAUGUUUGAGAGACUUUUAUGUGUGCACUCUUCUAUUAGCAAACUUAAUGAAAGCUCAAGGAAUGAUACAACAUCAUGGUAGUGCUUAUAUUUCGGUUGUGAGGCGAAAGAAUUGAGCCAUUUAGGUUUUUCCAUCAGCUAACGUUACAGCAUGUCAUAUUCUGCGGGUAGUCUGCGAGUUCCAAAACGCGGUCGGUGUGCAACAGUUGCAACGACGACAACAACAACAACAGGGAGCCCAGCAGCAAGUGACACAAGCCAUGAGGCUGCGGAAGAUUCACCACAGGCAUGUAUGAAAGACAGAUAGAAUGGGACACGCUAUAACAUAUGCCAUGUUAUAGGUAAUCCUUAGCCUUGCUUGGACGCAGGGUUUCUUGGGAGCUGCUCAUUAUAGCAGCAGAACGUCUGAAGUAAUAUUGGUACCUGACCAACCAGAUGUGCCACCAAUGCACUCACUCCUGUUCCUUGUACUCAACGACGUAAAGCCCACAGUAAUCGUCGUAAGCGCAAGCGUGGAUGAAGCGCUCACAGACUCAAUCGCGGAAUUUUUGGCACCAUGUGAGGAAGGUGCAUCUAGUGUCCAGGAUUUCAAAAGAGAAGUCGUACAUGUACUACCUAACAAAGACUUCUCCUAUGAGGCCGGUCGUCACAGACUCCUCUAUUUACGGCUGCCCGAAGUUCCGAAGAACCUGUCUGAGGAGACGCGUUUUGUUUACAUGUCUUCUCUCGUCGACCUUAAUGCCAUUUCGAUGGUGAGAGCAGCAGGUGGACUGCUGAACUUUCUAGACAAGUGGAAUCGAUCUCGCCUUCAUAACAUAGACGAAGAUGACGCCAUUGUCAAGCGAAUAACGGCACGCAGUUUGAGCGACCGUGUCUGGAUCUGUCAGACGACAUUCAGUUCCUUGCAGAUAUUUAAGCAGGAAUGGCAUCCAUCCGUGUACAAAUUUGGUGUGGCUGGAAAGGAAGGGCUCAGCCUGUUUGGUAUCUUCAAUCACUGCAAGUCCAAAGUCGGUGAACGUGAGCUUCGAAACAUCUUUUGUCGUCCCACAACGGACCAGCAAGUGCUAGUCUCUCGCCAUGAUGCUAUCGCCUACUUCUUGGCCCCGAGAAAUCAGCCAGUGAUAGAGACGUUACAGGAGUGCCUGGUCAACAUCAAGGAUGUGUUUCACAUACUGACCAACAUGACCAAGGGAGCUACAAGUGCAGCAGAGUGGAAGACACUUCAUAAGACUGCCGAAAGCGUUCUUGCCAUCCACGGUAUCUGCCAAUCAAAAUCUCCGCAAGCAACCGAGACUGGUGUUAUCUGGAAGAUAAGAGCCUUACCCGCAGAAGACAUAGCUCGUGUCGCUGUGCUCAUCAGCAGUAUUGUGGACUUUGAGGCCUCUGAAGUUGAGCAACGUUUCGCUGUGAGACAUGGCAUCGAUGAAGAGCUGGACGAGAAGAUGCGCAUCUAUAAUGGAUUGCCGGACCUGCUGACUAAAGUAGCCUAUGAGGAAGCCGACAGGGUUGGACUGGAAACGGACUGCCAAGUGGUGUACAUACCGCAGAUUGGUUACCUUGUCAACUUUCCUACUGAUGACAUGGUAGGACUGCACCUGCCUGAUCUUCAGUUUCUAUUUGAGAGUGAUGGCAAGAUGUUCUACAAGAGUCCUACUACGAGAGGACUCGACGCCAUGUUGGGUGACACUCUGUGUGAAAUUAUGGACAGAGAGACGGAGAUCAUGCAGAGCUUACAAGGCAGGGUUCUGGAAAUAGCGGGGCUGCUCGUGGAAGCCGUUAGUGUGUGCGGUGAGCUAGAUGCGUUAUUAUCAUUAGUGCUCACAGCCAAGGAACACAACUACGUAAGACCAGCGAUAACGUCCGAGCCAAUCAUCUGCAUAGAAAAUGGCAGGCACCCACUAGUGGAAAAUGCAUCGACGAACUUCAUACCAAACUCCUAUGUGAGCGGAGGACGUUGUUCAAAGGUCAAAGUAAUCACAGGCCCCAAUUCGUGCGGCAAGAGCAUCUACCUGAAGCAGGUCGCUCUCGUGGUGUACUUGGCUCACAUCGGCAGCUAUGUCCCUGCGAAAGCUGCGUGUGUUGGACCAGUGGAUGCCAUACUGAGCUGCAUUCACGUGGAGGAAUCUAUUCUGCUCGGGCUGUCGUCAUUUGCGAUUCAGCUGAACCAGAUGGCCCACGUCUUUCAAGAGAAAGGAGCCAACUCACUUGUAGUCGUCGACGAAUUUGGAAAAGGAACAAGAGCGUCACGGGGAGCGGGACUCCUAAUCGGUACCAUCGGAAAGUUCCUCAGUGAGCCACAAUCCUGUCCACAUGCUCUUUUCUCCACUCAUUUCAACAUGCUCCAAGAUCACCUCCCCGUCUCACCACUCUUGUCUUAUCAGACAUUUGAAACAGUCAAGUACAAUGAUGACCUGGUAUACCUGUACAAGCUAAAGGAUGGCAUAGCGGAAAGCAGUUGUGCCAGCGUUGUCGGACGUUUGGCCAGUCUUCGUUCCGAUGUCAUCAGGAGACAGUUGGAGGUUUUAGAGAACAUGAGGAGCAGGUCAGCAUUUCUUAGGAGGAAUCAGACCACCAGAGCGAACAUUUCAGAAAGCUGCAAGAGAGACACGUUGGAAAUGCUUACGGAGAUGGAAGAUUUCACCGAGGCCUCCUGCACGACCUUCGUACAGAACGUGAGAGCCGCGUUGCUCAUAAACUCACCUGCGAACGAGUGAGUUGCUCCCUGUAGUGUACUGUCUCAAACAUUUCGUUUUACUAGCCUCUGAGAUGUUGUGUAAAAAGCUUUUUGACGGUAAAUGGAUUUUGCGUCGU